AUGUAUCUCAGGAACAUCUAUAACCUCAGAGAUUCGUCCUGGUUUAAUGAGACAUGGCUCAGCAGGAUAAAAGAGGAUGGCGGCACAAACUGGAGGCUGAAGGUCAGCAACCUCAAGAAGAUCCUGCAGAGCAUGAUCGAGUAUUAUCAUGAUGUGUUGGGUCAGCAGGUGUCUGAUGAGCACGUGCCUGACGUGUGUCUGAUCGCUGAGAUGGGGGUCCUGACUGAACUGGGUCGUCUGCUGCAGCUGGUUCUGGGCUGCGCCGUCAGCUGUGACCACAAACAAG